AUGGUCAAUUUAACCCCAAUGUUUGUUUCACUAGCAUUUCUAAUGAAUGGCAUUUAUGCAUUAAUUGAGGUAUUGGAGCCUACAAGAAACUACAGAACAGCCAGUUUCAUCAUGGCCGCUAAGAAUACGGUGCAGUUCAUGACUGCUUCUGUCUAUGGCCUGACAAAAACAAGCAAAUGGG